AUGCUUGCCGCGUCCCCGUUGGCUUGGAGGUUCUUCCCAGAAGGAAGGAGUCGCCCUGCAGAUGUACCGUCUUCCAACCCUAGCUACCCGCCCUGCAUGAGACUUCAACUCAGGCUUCAACCUAGGCAGGUAAGUUGCUUGCCUUGUCUGGAACUACCUGACAUUGGUAGGAGGAAGGUUGAAAAGACAGAAAGCAAAGGCAGGACGCGCGUGACCUGGGCUCUGAUGUCCCGGGCACCUCAAGCAGUGCCUGCCCUGCCGGGGUGGCUCUGA